AGUAGAGUCGAGUCGGCUAUCGCGGAGUGUCAUAAACGAACGCAACGCAGCUCACAGAAACUUCAAAAUAAACUUGACGUUUUGUUAAUUUCUGCCAGUAGGCUAAUUUGAAUUCACCUGACCUGAACAAAGGAUGUCACAAAGUUAACGUUUGGAAAGCCAGCAGAAGUUGAGCAGACAAAGAGAAGGGAAGGUGUGAAAAGUGUGUGCAUUGACAUGGCUUCAGCUCUGUUGGAGCACCUCUUGUGCCCCGUGUGCUUGUCUGAGUUCAGCGAUCCCGUUAGCCUGCGUUGUCAGCACACCUUCUGCAGGGAGUGCAUCAAAGCUCACCUGGCAGCCAGUGGUGGCUCUGGCCAGUGCCCUGAGUGCAGGCAGCCCUUCACACGGAAACACAUCAAAGCCAACCGCACGCUGAGCAACGUGGUCACGGCUGCCAAAGAUCAGCUACUGGUGCAGAAGACGCUGGAGGAGACGCUCAACAGCUUACUGGUGGAGACAGAGUCCCAGAAGGCCCAGAAGAAGCAGGAAGCAGCCGAGCUGACGUGUCCCCAACACCAGGAGAAGCUGAAGCUCUUCUGUGAGACGGACCAUCAGCUGGUGUGUGUGGUCUGCAGGGAUGGAAGCAACCACGAGGGACACAAGUGCAAACCUGUGCAGGAGAAGGCACAAAGCUGCAAGAGUAUGUUGCGUGGAGCAGUAGCCUUCCUGUCUGAAGAGAUCGUUAACCUGGACUACAUGAUCAGAUGGCAGACUGCUGAGAUCCAAAAAACUAAGGACACCUCUAGAGAGUGGUCAGUGUGGAUAUCGGCUGAGUUUGAGCAACUGCACCAGCUCCUGAGAGAGAAGGAGCAGGAGGUGAAGACACGCUUGCAGCAGGAAGAGAAGAGGGUGCUGGAGCCCAUGCAGAAGAACCUGUCCAAGAUGACACAAAUCUCCACCAAGGACAGAAACACUGAGGGGACGCUCAGGUCAGCUCUGAAUAUCGGUCAGCACGACGCCUUCCUUCAGUGGUGGACCACAGUAGGACGCAACAUGGUUGAGGAGAUGCUGGAUCAUGAUGGGUCAGUUGCUGAAGGCACUGGCAGCACAACUGAUCUUAGGUUCUCAUCCGAGCUGGCAGGAUUGAAUGUGUCUCGUGACUUCAUCUCUCUGGGGCCAUAUGAGACACAUCUCUCCUUCUUUGUGUGGAGAGACUUACUUAGAAACAUUCAACCAGUACCCCAUGGUGAAGUUAUCUCUCUGUGGGAUGAGGCCUAUGCCGUGGUGACCAAUAGUGGUCGUUCCAUCGAGAGGACGAACAGGAGGGGUCUGUUUGGCCUGUACCAGGACCACAGGCCCCUGGCCAAGGGCCGGUCUGUCCACCAACAGGGCAGGCACUACUUUGAGGUGGAGAUGGGCAGGAAGCUGGACUGGGGCGUGGGGGUGUGUAAGGAGUUUCCACCUGGCAAGCUGCAGGAGAUGGUAAUGUUGUACCGAAAGCAUGGCAGCGGCUACAGUGUGACAGUUCAGGGUCAGGAGUCCACCCUGAACCUGCUGCAUCAGCCGUGGCGGAUAGGCGUGUAUCUGGACUGUGAUGAAGGCUGGGUGGCGUUCUAUGAUGCCGACAGCCUGGUGCAGGUGUACACUGCAGCGUGUGAUAAAGGUGUGCCCCUCUCUCUGUGCCUCUCUCCUGGAGCCCAUCUGGAUGGGGCAGACUGCCAUGCCCUCACUGUGUGCUGCUAUCAGCCUACAUCUCAAAUUGACCCCCCCUGCUGGACACCCACAGGCUGCUGGGAAGAGCCAUUCUGAGAAUGACCAGAGUAGAGGGAGGUUGGGAGUGUGGAGAUCAUGGUGGUACAUUUCUGAGAGUUUAUUACUGCACACACACACCAACACACCCAUGUGGACUAGAUGACCAGAUUUUAUUUUCUCUGUCGUGGCUAAAGUAAUGUUUUGAUCUGUGUCAAGAGUAAUGUGGGUCAUAUGAUUGAACUUAAUUAAAGUAAUUGAAGUAAAUUAAA